ACUUUGGCCUGUUUGACUUGUUUUCAUGAAGAGGGGGCAGACAGAAACAUCUAACAGCUUAUUGCGUGGCUGUGACAACAAAGGUGUGGCCUCCCAGCCCAGCCCAGCCCUCCACUGUAAUGGAUGCCUGUGCCCGGAUCAGAGGUGUUCCACUCAAGAGCCGUGCCAGCAUCAGGAAAGAGACUGUCCGUGAGAGUUCAGCCCUGUCCCUGAGGAGCCUUUUAAAGAACAGGAAAGAGCUGAGCAAUGUGGUGCCAGAGCUGCAUGCUAGAGAGUCACAGUGUCUGCAACAAAUACACUUCAUAUGCUUACCUAGUUCUGCAGGAGGGGAGGAUUUCACAUUACAGGCUGUGCCUUCUCUCCCGACUGAAUUAUUGGAGUUGCUAAGAUCCUUACACGUACAGACUCUCAAAGAUGAAGAAGUGCUUCUCAUCAAAGAUCCGAAGCGAACCCUGGACAGAAAAGAUGCAGUCUCUCAGACGAACUCCUCCAGAGCCAUGUGCAUACUGAGACAUGGCAGCUCUCAACAAAUCAGUGUUUGUACUAUGCUGGGGCUCCUGAGCCGCUAUACAGCAGGGAUCAGAUACGCUCUGGAGGUACAGUCUCUGCAGAGGGGCAUAUCCGAGUCAUGUCAAGCUGAGGAUGAUGACACCAACCAGUCUGUCUCUUCUAUCGAGGAAGAUUUUGUCACAGCUUUUGAACAUCUUGAAGAGGAAGACACAGUUGUAUAUAACAAGAGGAACCAGAGAGAUGUGGCCUCCCAAACUCUUCCCUCCCAUUUCAAAGAUUUAUCUGGGUCACGUAUCAUCAUUAGCUCUUUCUCCAAGAAGUCCAAGAGUAGAGAGAAGUCAACUUCUGAUGUGUCAGGAUCAGUACAGAAGUCACCAACAACAUGGCGUCGGGGUACGGAGAACGAUUGGAACCUAUCCACACCAAGUAACCGCCCAAAAAGUCAUGUUACCUCGACAUCAUUCACUGAAUCUGAUGAUUCAGAUUGCUCUAGUCCAAGUCCCAUUAUUUUUUUGGACGAGGUUGGUUAUCAGAAAAGUCUGAAGGCGAAGCUUGAUAUUCCAAAGAUCCCUGUUCUUAAAGAGGGAGUAGAAGAUUCUGACUCAGAAGUGUGUGAGUUUUUUGAUAGUUUUGAUCAAUUCGAUGAUCUGGAUCAUUGUUUUGAUUCCACUAUGAAGGUGCCAAAAGAACAGAUUCUCAUUACCCAGAAAAAAAAGCCAUCUGACAGUUCUGUUAGUAAUUCUGAUUCAAAAUGUGGCUCAACAACAGCAAUGAACCCUCACAAGUUUGACCACAGGACUCUUCCAGCCAAUAUCAAGAAGCCCACUCCACUUAAACCAGGAUCUCCAUAUAGUAUACCGUCUGACGCUCCAGAUUCUCCACGACCAGUGAGGACAUCCUGCGAGGAGAGCGGGGGACUCUUCAGCCCAAUCCACUCCUCAGCAUUUAGUCCACUGGGAGAAGGAGGAGCCUUGGAGUAUUUUUGGAAAAUAGAUGGAGAUGUUUCAGAAUUGCGCAAACCACAGGACCUUUGUUCACUGUAUAAGACUUAUUCCGAUUUUGCAAGCAAUCUCUCGAAAGAAAUUCUUGGAUCUGUCUGUGGGUACUCCUCUCCUGUUGACAUUAACAUUAAUAAGAACUUGAGUUGUGUGUGCCAUAAAGAAUUCAGAAACUCUAACGGCUAUCUGAUGAAACUGUCAGAUAUUCAGGAGACGGUCACUAUUGCCAAAUCGCACUCGCAGUCUCUGAAGGAUGGGAUUCAGAAGUUUGCCACAGACUUGGUUGAAAUGAGCAUUGGCAGUGCCUUAAGAGAUUUACAGAGAGGAGUGUCCUCUUGCACUACAACACUUUGCCAUUUAGCUGCUAGGCUGACAUCUUCAGUGUUUCAUAUGGCUUUUCAAGAGAUAGGAAUGCGCCAUGCAUAUGUGUUAAAAGAGCGUGCCAUAAACGGAUUGGCUGGAUUCCUUGUUGGGGAAGCAGUCUCUGGAGCUCUGAAAGAGUUUCUGUUUGUGAAAAAGCAGAUUUUUAACAACACUGUCACCAGAUUUGCAGCUGAUCUUGCUGAGGAAUUAAUAUUUGAGGGAAUUAUGGAGGUGUGCCAAUUCUCAUAUCCUUCUACCCCUCUUACCCCAAAAGAUUGGUCGUUUGAGCAAGAAGAGGAAGUGGUUUGUUCUUAUGCUUCAGAUCUUUCGGAGUCAGUUCUUCAAGAAGCCUUCAUAGAACUGUCCCAAGCUGAUGUGACUUUCACAACACAGGCUGCCAUAAGCGUGUCACUGGACAAUAUCUGCUAUGUCAGCGCUGAAGAUGCAUCUCAAACCACAAAAAUCUGCAAUGCCCAAUUAUGUUACCAGAAUUCGCAGUUGCCUGUCCAGGCGGGAAACCAAGAAGAAGAAGAAGGCGGCUGCACUGUAAAGAAAGCUUUGUACUGUGUUUCUGGAAUGGCCAGUUGUGUUCCAGUUCCAGCAGCUGGCAAAGCUAUAUCCUACCUGCAGAACCCAGAGGAAAUGUGUCAGUAUAAAUCUAGCAUUAGUCACACUUGCCAGAGUAGCCCCAAAAGAAGCAUUUGUUUCCAAGGAAGGGCUGUGACCUCUACUUCAAACACAUCCGCUGCAACAUUUUCUGAGUCAGUGCUAGGUAUUUCCAAAAUCCGUAAUGUCUGUGGCAGUCUUGGGAAUGCGUCUACAAGUGCUGAUGAGAAACCUCCAGUGGGAAACAAUUUUGAAAGCGUUUCUGGUGCUUUGGUUGAGACAAUUGUGGGUGAAGCGUUUGACACCAUGUCCACAAGCAAAAUGAAGAAAAAAGUGGACGACUGUGCUGAUUUCUUAAGUAAAAAUGCUGGGGGUCGGAUGGCUACGUGUACUGGCAUAGCAAAAUCCCAGGAUGUGGCAUGUCAGAGUUUACCACCUUAUGAUUUGUGCUCAUCACAGAAAAUGUUGUCUUUAAUUCCUAAAGGAGAUUUGACUGAAUCAUUGUCAUGUAACUCUCAGCCUCACAUACCUUCAAAGAACACAGAUAAAACAAUCUGUCAAUCUGGCUUAAAAAACAUGCAUCCACUUGAAAAAUUCUCGCUGGAAGUCCAGUCUGCCGUGAUGAAGGAUACUUUGGAAGUACCCAGUUUUGAAGCGGGCAUUCGUGGAAGCAGAAAAGUUGUCUCAGAAGAGAUGCUUAAUGGCAGCACUGGAAUAAAAUCCAGCGGAAGUCCUGGCACUCCUCCCUCAACUCCCCAACAACCGUCAGACAUCUCAUGUGAGAAAAAGCUUAAACAGUUUUCAAAGAAGCUGAAGGGCAAACUUGCAAAGGAAUUCUCCCCUGCAACACCCCCACCCACCCCUCAUUACGAGCCCACUCCAGGACUUGAAGAGGGCUCCGAUUCAGAGAAGGAGGAAUUCAUGCUGAGGCUCAUGAGGUCCCUUUCUGAAGAAGCUGUCAACAAUGAAGAUGAAGAUGAUGAGCAGGAAGAUGGUCUCGACUCUGCGACCCAUAACACAGAGCAAAGUCCCAGUGUGGGAAACAAAAUGAUUGAGAGAGGGGCUCUGCAUUAUGCAGAGCGUUUGGCAUGCCAUAUUGUUUCCAUGGCAACUGAGAUGGACACUUUAAGCAUUGGUGAUGCAAGUAAGCCAGAGAAUGAAGAAGGCAGUGAGAGAUUUGCUUUACACAGUGCACAAUUCUCAGAACAGACCUUGAAUUCCUUGUGGACAUAUGCUGGGGAAAUUGCUGGGGAAGUCAUCAGUGAUGUAAAGAGGAUGAUGAGUUCCAGCAAUUGCCGUCACAAAGCAGUCAAAAGAGGAUCGUUUAAGUCAGAUAAGCAUCCCUGUGGUGACUGGAAAGACUGUCACUUUGUUAGCAAGAAUAGCCAGUGGUCAAAUGAUCUCAUUCCACCAGUUCCCAGUCCUCAGAGUAACCCUUCAAGUAAAAUCUCAACCCAGUCUGAGUACCCAAGCUGUGAUGGUGUUCCUGAUGAGUGCACCGGAUAUGUUAUAAAGGUGCUUAAAAAAGACGGAGGAAGUCGGGAACUUAUACUGGACCAGUAUGCCAGUCAGUUGGCUUAUAAAUCUAUCAAAUCAGGCCUAGCUCAUGCUGCACAAAAAAUAAAGCAGAAGUCUCCUUUAAGACUUGGCUCAUCUCAACAUUUACACCCUGAGGGCAGCCGUAGCAUUUCUAAGAUCCCACCAUCGGAGUCUUCUCCUGCCAUUCUUACCCGAGGACAAGAAGGGUCCUCUAGUGAGUCCAUGCAGUGUCAAGAUGUUGAAAACAUUGGUAGGAAAGAAUACAUGGAACUUGUGAACUUUGCCGAGUCAUUGGCCUACAAUAUUACAUGUGAUGUUACAAGAAAGCUAAGAAUGUCCUCGAUUAGGCUUCCAAAAUCGCUUACAGAUUCAUGUCUCUACAGAAAGUCAAAUGUUGAAGACAUGGCAGGAAAUUUAAUCAAAACUGCGUUUUCAUGUUCAAUGCUACCAUACACCAGGAAAAACAGGCAAUAUCAUAGCACCAGCAGAUUAGAUGAUGGAAAUUACAAUAAUGGUGUUAUGCAAGUAAUUGAUCAUUAUGCCAGGAAGAUUGUUGAUGACACUUUGGAAAUGACUCUGGGGUCUACAGCUGUUCAGACAGCAGAAGAGAGGAGGUCUUUGGAACUCGGUUCUUUCACCGAAAAGCUGACGGAGGCAUACAAGACUUGCUGGUACUGUCAAGCAAGAGAUUGCUCGUUUUGCAAAAAUUGUCACCUUAAGUACCAUGGAAUGCAAAAGAGAAUACAGCAAGACCCUGAUACAAUGGUUGGUCUUGAAAUUCCCAAAAUCCAUAUAGAUUUGGACAAGAGAGCAGCUUUUGCUGAAGAAAUGGUAUCUGCAACACUUGAGAAAGCGAAGAAGGAACACAGUAGCACCAGCUUAAAUGCAGACAGUGGGAUUGGUCAUGAUGGCGCAAGCUUUGCAGAGAGCCUUACCACGGAGAUUAUGACGUCCGCAUUGUCCAACAUCUGCCAAACCAUCAACCUCAGUGCCAAUGGGAGGGAGAGCGUCAGCGUGACGGAGUCGACUGUCAGUCAGCAGCUGAAUCUGAGUGUGGGAGAUGACAGUCUGGGCAGCUGGUCUAAUUUGAGCUUUGAAGAAGACCAUCCCGAUGAAAGUAGUAGCUUCCAUCACCUAAGUGACAGCAGUAAUGGGAACAGCAGUAGCUGGAGCAGUCUGGGGUUAGAGGGCGAGGUUUAUGAAGAGCAUUUGUCCUUCUCUCCAUCAGACAGUGACUUCACAGAGGAGAAGGAACCCGACGCCAAGAACAUCAUGGGUGGGAUGGUGCGAGUAGAGAGGGGCCACACAGAUGGGGACAGAGCUUUGCUGAUAGUCAGUACAGAUGCGUGGGGGCAGGGCCCAGACCCCCAACUGAGAACAGUGCUGCAGUGGAUGGCAACCUCAAUCACUGAUCUUCCAGUCAUGCAGCUCAGUCAGCAGUCUGAAAGAGAAGUGAAGCAGUUUCUGCGUGUAGUUCAGAGGCUGAGAGAGAGAGAGUGGAGAGUCGGCGAACUCCUUCAGGCUCUGCUUAAAUACUAUGAGGAGUGUCCUUCCGAGGAGGAACCAUGCGCUGAGGAUACAAGACAUGAACGCAGGUCCCUUUUCCACUGGCUUCUUGAACACCCAUAAACCAUCACCACCCACUGCUUACACUCGCGCAAAUGGCAGUGUAUUGAGGUGAAGAUUUCACUCACUUUCACGUUUAUGUGCAAUGUAGCUGCCAGUUUAGAGGUCUAGCCAGUGGGAUGUAUCGGCGGGGACGUGUGUGGUUGAGUGUAUCGCAUGCUGUGACUGAAGGUAUUUUAGUUCUCGACCUUUCUGUUGUCACUUUUUUUUUUUUUGUUUCGUUUGAUAUUGGAUUGCAUAUCGCACACUCGGAAGAUUAUCAUUUGCACUUUUCUCAGUGUUUUGCUUUCAUGCCCUAAGCCAGCAUUACAGCAACACACAGAGGGCUCAGUAACGGCAUUGCGUUGUCAAAGGGAAUCUCUAGAGCAGAGAUGAAUAUCAGAUCACCUCUCUUUAUGGGAAUGCGUACAUACAGUAAAGGGACCAGCUAGCCGAACCACUACACCUCCCUCCCAUAUCCGUGUUCCUGGUCCCUGAAGCGUUUCGGAGCUUAAUAUACAAAUGAAUGAAAAAGUAGCAGAGGACACGUCAAUUGUUCAGUUAUAACAGGUGCACAUACAUCUAACCAAGUUAUCAGAAUACCAUUUCAUGGUAAAUAUUUUGACACUUUAAAAACAGCUGCUAUUGAAGGACUCCAUGAAAAUAUAUUUUGAUAAUGUUCCCCUCCGUGUGAAGCCUUUCCUUUUUCAAUGGGGCAUCUCCGAAUGGCACUGAAUUUACUAAAAGGCCCUUAUGGAUAAGUAUUUAUGACACCACAGCGUGUGUAUAUAUAGAUAUAAAAAAAAAUAUAUUUUUUGUAUGACUAAAGUCAGAUGGUGUGGUGCACUCAGAUGUUCCUUGACAUACGAGUGCACUUGGUAUACUAAACUGUAUAAAAUACACUGUUGCCAAAAAUUAAGGAAUACAAAUUAAUAUUUUUUAAAAGUACAUUUAAGUUCAUAUUUAACAUUUUAAAUAAUCAGUAAAUGACAAGCUGCUAAACAGGCAAAGAAGCUCUGUAGUAUGAAGGAGAAAGAAGGGCAGUUUUGCUGAUUUUUCUAAAUUAAACUCUUAGCCAGUGAUGUGUGUUAAGUUUUCUAUAGUUACUGUAGUAGUCAGACACUAUGUUUGUACCUGAUGUAGGCAUGUGGGUCACGUUCUUUGGUUGAGCGGGAUAGAUGUUAGUAUUGUUUAAAAAAAAAAAUACAUUUUUUUUUCCUUUCCCGUUUGAUUCUUUCUUUGUACAGGACUAACUACAAAAUUAACUGUUUCUUAUUUCCGGAUUGUCAAAGAUCAUAAAUGGCAUAUCCUAGAGUAGAAAGACAGAAAUUUCAGUUCGUUUUGUUUUAAAAUCAAAUUUUCAUGGUAAUUUUGUUUUUCCUUACCUAGACUUUGAUAUAGAUAUUUCUUUGAGUUCUCUUCAUAACAUUUGUGGUUGCUUCGAUUCCUCCGAACACCACUCUAAUUUGAACCACGAAUGAACCACAGCUGCCAGUUCCUGCAUAACUCGGUCACUAAUCACACACUUCUUACAUCUCCUGGAAAUGUUUUACACUCCAGCAGGAACUCAACCACCACAGUCUUUCCCACGUUUUCGUUUCCCUCAGUGACUGCACUUGACUGUGCGCUCCCCAUGAAAGUAGCACUUUAGCCCGGAAUGGCCGUGUAGGUCCUUCUCAACUUCUUUCACUAUCUCGGAACAGUAUAUUCCCCAAGCUAGGUCAAUAUUAAAACCACCAGAAGUUUGUGUAGGUGAGUAUUGAUGAUAUGCCUGCCCUGUGGUUAAGUAUAAGGAUGCUUUCUUACCUGUUAGUCCAUUUGCUGAGUCGUAGUAAGAGCAGAAUUGAUACUUUUGGAUUGUUUGCUUCCUGGUUCGGUUUAGUUUCACACUGCACAAAAUUAACAAAGCAAAAAAAAACUUGGCAGAAGGCUGUAUAUGGCUGAAAAUGUAUUCCUAAAACUCAAUCAUUAGUCAGAAAUACAAAUUAAAAAAAAAAAAGAUAAGCAAAACUUUGUCAAAUGUGUGCAAUCUCAAAAAUCACCCAGUGCUCGAUAAAUUUAGAUAAUUAUAUAAAUAACCAGUUUAAAACAUUUGGUACAUCAUAUCAGACAAUUAUUUCUACUUUUUAUUAUAGCAUUUCUACGGCACUUCAGCUCUGUCCGUUGGCUUAGUUUGUGCCUCAUGACUCUUGCAUCUACAAAAAAAUGCCACCCAUGAUGCAAAAUACAAGGCAUGUUUGGCUCAGUUCCUACAGCUGGAUUGAUUCCGGGUUCACGCUAGAGUUCGCUUGAAACCAGACCUCGCUCAGAAGGCCUCAAACCGGUUGUUUUGAUCUGUACUCGAAUGCGAUUUGCUGCGUUUUCACCUGCACAAACAAACCACACCAAGGGGGGAAAAAACCACCAGGGUUCGAUUUAGAUGGACUAAACACUGCACAUGUGAAAGCAACUGAAGAGACAUCUCGGUACCAGUUGUUCAGUUUAAGCUGACGUUGCCAUACAUGUUAAAUAAUUUUAAUGUAUUAUUCAGAAAACUGAUGCAGUUCAAAAUCGACUUAGAGUAUGGUUUAGAGAUGUGUACGUUGGUAUAGGCAGUAUGCACAGGCAGAUCGGGGUAGGAGGAGUUUCACAUGAACACUACUGCAUGCUAUUCUAUCCCUCCAUGCUUACCUGUAUUACUGUUAAAGUGGUGUGGAUGUUCAGUUUGUGGCAUCAUAUCAUUAAUGAUUAUUUCUCAAGAGCAUGGUCCAAAGUAAUCCAGCACUGUGGCUGCUCGUGCUCUCUCGACGUAAAUCGCUACAGUGAAAUUUCUCUCGUCAAAUUGUGAAGGAAAAGGGGAGGAGGGGGCCAUUUUGUUUACAUGAUUUUGAGUUGCCAUAAAAACCUUUUGGAGGCGGCUAUGUAGGCAUAAUCUGAAUCUAAAUGUGGAAAAGAACUGUUUGGUUUUUGAGCUGACGACCCUAAAAAAUCCAAAUACUUUAUUCAUUCAUUUGAAGGCAUACAGUAUUUGCAGAUGUACACUUUUUUUUGCCUCUUUCACAGUAUAUGCUUUUGCUGUAAGUAUAAAUACACACGUACUGGCUUGUGUACUAACUUUAUUUUAUGUACAUUCCUAUAUUUCCUGUAUGACCGAUUGCCAUUUGUUAUUUAAAGCUGUGUGUACUGCAGAUCUGACAUUCUAGUUUAAAGGUAAAUAUUUUGUUACUUGUGCAGUGUCCUGCUCAUCUCCGUGAAGUAGACAGACAAUAUUACACUGACUUCUCUAUUUUUUUUUCUGCUUAUUUGUAUUAUCUUGAAAAGUAAAAUAUUUAAUAAUUUGUCAGUAUAACUUAUAAUUGUGAUUACACUCGUGAAGUUGCUGAAUAGUUUACAUAUUAAAAGCCUAAAGUAAGAGCACUACACCUGUUAAAGCUGUGGCUAAGAAUAAAGCUUUUCCAUGUGAA